AUGGAUCCACAGAAGUUGCCCGCGUACCCGCCGCUGGCCCAGGUCGAGGACAUUAUCCUCAAGCAGAAGCGCGGAAACUGCGUCCCAGUCUUUGUGGAACUCCCCGGUGAUCUCUUGACGCCAUGCGUCGCGUAUCUACGGAUUGCGAAGGACUCAAAAUACAGUUUCCUCCUGGAGUCUGUCGUGGCCGGGGAGAACAUUGCGCGGUAUAGCUUCAUUGGUGCCGACCCGUUCAAGAUCGUCAGGACCGGACCCAAUGAAGAGAUAACAGGCGACCCUCUGGCCGCCCUGCAGAAGGAGCUCAAUGUGUACAAGUAUGUCAAACUGCCCGCAGUCCCCACAUUCACCGGCGGUGCUAUCGGCUACGUCGCGUACGAUUGCAUACAGCACUUCGAACCGAAGACCGCCCGUGAGCUCGCGGACCCGCUCGGUAUCCCCGAAGCCGUGUUUAUGCUCGUCGACACGCUUCUCAUCUACGACCAUCUCUUCCAGAGCGUGAAGGUCGUGUCUCAUGUCUUCUGCCCGGGCAACACUGGCACGGUGAAUCUGUCCUUCAUAUACCAGACCGCCGUCGCGAAGGCCCGUAGGCUAGCCAAGCUCGUCCUCGGCGCAUCGACACCUGAGGUUCCGCAACCACUCGUCACUCUUGGGGCAGAGGCUACCUCGAAUGUCGGCAAGGAAGGCUACGAGACGUUCGUAACGAAGUUGAAGCAACACAUUGUCGCUGGCGACAUCAUCCAGGCCGUGCCCUCCCAGCGGCUCGCGCGGCCGACUCAAUUGCAUCCGUUCAAUGCGUACCGACACCUCCGCCGUGUCAAUCCCAGUCCAUACAUGUUCUACCUGGACUGCGGGACCGUCCAGUUCGUCGGAGCCAGCCCGGAAACCCUAUGCAAAGUCGAGAAGAACAAAGUGUUCAACCAUGCCAUCGCAGGUACAAUCCGGAGAGGGAAGACGCCAGAAGAGGAUGACAAACUUGGGGCUCAGCUGCUGGCGUCCGAGAAGGAUCGAGCUGAACACAUCAUGCUGGUUGACCUUGCUCGAAAUGAUGUCAAUCGUGUAUGUCAGCCGCAGACCGUCAAGGUCGACCACCUGAUGCGGCUGGAGAAGUUCAGCCAUGUCACGCAUUUGACAUCGCAAGUAUCUGGUCAGCUGCGCGGAGGUAAGACAAGAUUUGAUGCGUUCCGCUCUAUCUUCCCUGCUGGUACUGUUUCUGGUGCACCCAAAAUCAAGGCGAUUGAGUUGGUGUAUGAGCUCGAGCAACAGCGCCGCGGCGUGUACGCCGGAGCUGUCGGGAGAUUCGACUUUGCUGACGACGAGAUGGACACUUGCAUUGCUAUCCGAACAAUGACGUUCAAGGAUGGCGUCGCUUACCUGCAGGCCGGCGGCGGCAUCGUAUUUGACAGUGUCGAGGAAGAUGAGUACAUUGAAACCAUCAACAAACUCAUGGGCAACGUCCGGGCGCUGGAGCAGGCGGAAAGAUAUUGGCAUGACAUCCAGAACGCGGGGACGACCACCCCUGGACAGUCAUGA